AUGUCAUAUAAAUAUAAUGGUGUUCCACCACCCAAUUUUGUUGCACCACCAGGUGUCCCGAUGCAACCGAUGCAACCAAUGGCUAUGCCAAUGCCAAUGGCAGGUAUUCCAGGAUUUCCAGUUGGAAUGAUGAUGCAAGCUGCUGUAGCUGUACCUGCUGCUCCUCAACAACCGAGUGAUUUCGUUGCACCACACGGUGUCCAAUUGACCUAUAAUCCAAUGACCGGAGAAUACAAAGCGUACACUCAGAAGACAUUCUUUCGCACGCCAUCCACCACAGAAGUUCCCAUUGGAAAACACGUUGGAAGUGCAGGCUAUCCGCAAUUCCUAGGAAUCGAUCAGGUUGCUCAACCCUAUGGUGAUGCGCCACCCGGAUUCCUACAGGCUCCCUACAACAAUGCUAAUCUACCACCACAAAUGCAACGUUUCAAUCAACAGAAAUUCGUGCCAGACACCAAAUCGAUGGCGAAACCACCACCUCCUAGUCUAUAUCAACCUCAACCUCAACCAAUGCAGUUGCCACCCCAACAAUUUGGAGAACCAUUCUCCAACAACAAAAGAAGCUCCUAUCCACCACCCAACAAAUCGAUAUCACAGGCCAAUAAGAAUUCAGUUUACUCCACUCCUGCCAUUCCGAUAUCAGCAAUGGUAGAUGAUAAUAAUAAAUAUAACAAUCCAUAUAAUAAUAGAGGAAACUUUGUCUCACCACAAGUUCCACAACAAAUGAAACAACAACAACCUCCACCUCUACAACAACAACAACAACCUCCUAGACAAAUGUCUCAACAACAACCACCAAUUCAAAAACAACAACUAUCACAAGAACAUACUAAAUCUUCGGUUCCAAUUGCUAGAAUGAAUAGACCGCCAGAGUCGAAAGAGGAAAUGGAAAAGAGAAAUAGAACCAGACAAAAGGUGUUACAAGAAUUGGUAUCGACCGAAGAGAGUUAUUGUGAUUCUCUGGAGAAUCUUAUAUUGGUCUAUAAAUAUCCUUUGGAGAGAGAUCCUUCGAUAAAGUUGGAUCCACACAUUAUCAAAGGUAUCUUUUCAAAUGUAGAACAAAUCUUGGUUGUCAGUAAAGAUUUACUGUUGGAAUUGAAACGUAGAGUGUCAUUGCCUGCCAAUCAACAGAAUAUCGGUGAAAUCUACAUUCAGAAAGCACAAGAGAUGAGAUUCUAUGUUGAAUACAUCAAUAACUUUGAACACUCUAUGCAAGAACUACAUAAAGUAGAAGAGAAAUAUCCUGGUUUCUUUAAGGAAACUCAAAAGAAUAAUAAAUAUUCUUUAGAUAUCCAAAGUUUAUUAAUUAUGCCAGUUCAACGUAUUCCUAGAUAUGAAUUACUAUUGAAGAAUCUGGUAGAGAAGACAAGUGUCGAUCAUUACGACUAUCAGAAUUUGGUAAGAGCACUCGAUAGUAUUAGAGAUAUCAAUAGUUAUAUCAACGAGAACAAGGGUGUAUGUGGUAACAAAGAUAGAGUUGCAACAAUAUAUGAAACUUUAAAGAAUUGUCCUAAAAAUCUUGUUAGUCCAAAUAGAAGAUGGAUAAGAGAAGGUAUCUUGGAUACGACUUGUAGUAACAAAAAGUAUUGUGGAACCUUCAAAGUCUAUCUAUUCAAUGAUCUUAUCAUUCUAGCCAAACAACCUUUAUUCCACAAGAAGUCAAGGAGAUAUGAAUAUCUAUUAGAGAUCAACUUGGAGAAUAGUGAAUUUAAACCAAUUCCAAAUCAUGAUACAUCUUUUAGAUUCAUAUCAGAUCCAGAAGGUAAAUCACCAUUGAUCUUAACAUUCAACACAGCCAGUAGUAAAUCGAAACAAAGUUGGAUAAGUGAUUUAGAGUUUUAUGUAUGUUGCUUAUUUACUUUUGAGAUAUUCUACAUAUUCGUCUAUCAGUACAGGCCAGGCACCGUCGGAAUCGUAUUUAGCAAUGUCGUCGUUUGCAAUCUUGAUAAAGUCCAACAAGAGUAUCCAGGUGUCCUUGGAGAUACCGUGAUUCUUCUCACGCAAAAAGUCGAACCACACAUUGAGAUCCUUGUAGCGGUUGGUCAGCACCAGAUCCCACAAUCCAAUGGCCAUGUCGAGUGA